AUGCGCACCGCACAAGCUCUCUCCGUUUUCGCCCUCCUCGUCGGGAGCGGCCUUGCCACCCCGGUUCCGGCCUCCGGUGCCUACUACGACGGCGCCAGCAGCAUGCUCCAGCCUGUUUCGGCAGCUGCCGACUUUGACGACGCCGACGACACCGCCAUGCCCGCCUCGGCUGCUUUUUCUGCUGCCAACACCCGCUCGGCCAUUGCAGCCGCCGCCGACGAAGACGAUGACGCCGACACCCGCAUGCCCGUGUCGGCUGCUUCUUCCGCUGCCAACACCCGCACAGCCUUUGCGGCCGCUGCCGACGAAGACGAUGCCAACGAUGCCGACGACACCGCCAUACCCGUCUCGAGAGCUUUUUCUGCUGCCAGCACUCGCACAGCCUUUGCGGCUGCUGCCGACGAAGACGACACCGAGGACAGCGCCGACAGCGCCGACACCGCCGACACCGCCAUGCCCGUUUCGGCUGCCUCUGUCGGCACCCAGGGCCUCCGUGGAAACUCCAGAGCGGCUGCUGCUGCCGACGACCUGGCCGCGGCCGCCACCAACUCCAGCGAAUCGCCCCUGGCAGCUGCAGCCGGCGACAUAGCCAUCCCGCAGGGGUUCAAGAAGAUAGUGUUCCAGGACAACUUUGCCAAGCAAAAGGCGGGAGCGCUCCCGGACCAGGCAAAGUGGCUCAUCGACCUCGGCACGCAGUACCCCGGCGGGGCGGCCAACUGGGGAACGCAAGAGAUCCAGACCUACACCAACAACCCGGCCAACCUGGGCAUCAAGAACGGGGCGCUCACCAUCACGCCGGUCCGCAACGGCAACGCCUGGACCUCGGCGCGCAUCGAGACCAAGGCCGGCAGCGACGUGCAGUGCCCUCCCGGCGGCAAGCUGCGGGUCGAGGCGAGCCUCAAGCUCGCGGCCAGCGACCCGGCGACGCAGCUGGGGAUCUGGCCGGCGUUUUGGAUGCUGGGGCAGGGCUUCCGCACGGACCGCAACUCGUGGCCCAAGGUGGCCGAGAUCGACAUCCUCGAGGUGUCCAACGGCGUCGGCACCGUCUUCCACACGGCGCACUGCGGCGUCAUCAACGGCGGCCCCUGCAAGGAGAAGACGGGCCUGGGCGGCAGCGGCCAGUUCCCGCGCGGCAAGUUUGUAAAGGUCGCCGUCACCAUCGACCGCUCCAACAAGGCCGGCGGCUUCCAGCAGGAGAAGCUCGAGUGGUCCGUCGACGGCAAGGUCACCCACACCCUGACCGGCGCCGAGGUCAAGGACGCCGACGCCUGGGAGAACCUGGCUCGCACCCCCAAGAUGAUCCUGCUCAACGUCGCCAUCGGUGGCGAAUUCCCCGACGGAAAGGCCAAGAUCAAGACCCCCACUGCCAAGACCGUCGGCGGCGAGCCCAGCGCCAUGUCGGUCCAGUACGUUGCUGCCUUUAGCACCUAA